GCUGCGGCCGUCUCCAAUCGAGGUCGGAGUAAACCUCGCCGCACGGAGUCACCGAGGACAAGAAGAGGACACGCUUUGAUCCUGCGUGCAGCGGUGAGAUAUGAUGCGGCCACCUGUCAGCUUGUCGCUGGCGGGGAUGUAAAGGCUGGUGAGGUAGUCGUAGAAGACUGCCCAAUCCUCCUUGUUGAGGACCUCCCGAAGGAGGACCCUUCUGACUUUCUGCUGGCCGCCGAUCCUGAGGAUUUUCUGCAGCGCUGCAGGCGGAUGCGCAGUGAGAAGGCGCUCGCAAGCUUCCGCUGUCUCGAUGCCGAAAAGAGGAAAACGGUGCUAUCCCUUCAUGUGCCAGAUCUUGCCGAUCCUGGCUUUGAGGACUGGCGUGCAGAGGAGGAAGCCGCCAAGGGCGACGAGCAGGCGUUUCUCUUCUUGCGUGUUCUUCGAGUCAACGGGGUCGAGGUGCCGGAUGGGCGUACUGCACUUUAUGCCACUGCCUGCCGAGCAAACCACUCCUGCUUGCCCAGGGCUCGUUUGAGUGUGGAGGCUGAUGGCCGAGUUAGGCUUGUGGCUUUGACACCCAUCCGUGCUGGUGACGAGGUCACGGUGUCGUACUUGUCAGAGUCAGACCUGCUUGAGCCUUCUUCCAUCCGGAGGAAGCUGCUCCGUCAGACGUGGGGAUUCCUAUGCUCGUGCCAAAGAUGCACGCAGCCUGAUGAUCGUCGAAGCUAUCUAUGCCCAUCAUGUUGCAGCGGGAUGAUUGGAUUUCAGAGCCGUCACGUACAGCUGGGCGCUGCCACGGCGGAGCUGGAUGGCUGGGCAGCAUGCGCAAAUUGUGGCAAGGUUAUGGAGGCUGAAGAGAUGGCGAACCUUGAGCAGCUUUGGGUGGAACGGCAUCGCAAGCUUCCGCCCUGGUGCCGCGGCUCCAGUGGGCGCGCUGUGCUGCGAAACUUCUUGCAGCCUGCGGCUCCGCAGCUGUCCCUUUCUGCUGUGGACGAGCUGUACCAAGAGCUGGGCGAGCCCGAUGAGUUUGCAUCCGGCGCUGAGGUAGAAUCUCUCCUUGCAGCUGACGAGGAACUUGCUCGAGGUCUGGCAAGCACGGUUCUCCUUUACAGAGACCUCACGGGCCUUAGUGGGUCCAUGACGCCAGCCAUGCAGGCUCACUGGUUGGCUGCGGACGCUGCUGGCGCAGCUUUAGAGGCUGGGCUGUUGCUGCUCAAGAUGAGCAGCAUGGAGGGAGAGCUCCAGCAGGCAUUCCAGGCCCAGGUGGACAUGCUCUCGCUCAAUCCGGAGGAGUUAGUUGGAGCUGCUGACUGCAGGCUCGGAUCCCUGCGGCAAGCCUUGGGGCAGGAAACGCUGACCCUGGAAGCUGCAGAGCUCCUCCGCCUCAAGGCCUUGUGCCUGGACUUCAGAGACCCCAUGGAAGCGACUGCCGUGAGAAGGCAAGCACUGAGCAUCGCAAGUGCGCUCCUGGCAGAUGCAGAUCUCGGUGGCAGUCUCAGCCUGGGAGUUUUUCUAUUUCGCGAUGGCCUUGAGCUUCGUAUUCGAGACUUCGAGGAGGGCUGCUACAAGCUGUCCUUGGCCGAGCGUCGGCUGGAUCGUUGUUUGGACGACUUGGAGUCUCAACUGGAGCUGGAGGCGGUGCAGCAGUCCGGUCUUGUUGAUGAGGUGCUUGCUGCCCGACUGGUCGAGCAGCGCCGUGUCAUCAAACUGCAGCAGGAGGAACUUGAUCAGCUUCAUUUCGAGCACCAAGUGCUGGCUGAAGAGGCAGCUCGACUUCGAGAGGAGGUGGAAGCCACGGUGCCGGAGGACAUGCCCGAAGAGGAGGAGUUUGGGGUUGGCUUUGCUGAAGCACUCGACUCCCCACAAGCCGCCAGCGAACGUGGCAGAUCACCAGCAUCACCUGCUUCAGCGGCUCUCAGCCCUGACUCGAGACAGGGGCGACGAACAUCGUCGCGGCACUCUGGCUCGGCACGUAG